UGGAACUGGUGCGGCUGCCGGGGAGACAGACACAGAGGCAGAAAGGCUGUUAUGAGCAGACGCUGGGUCAGAGUGCUCAGUUGCUUCAGACAAUCACAGGGCAGCGAGAGAAAGACACAGGAAAGGAGGCAUUCGCAGAGAGAGGGAGAUCGCCACAGAGAAAGAUAGGUUGAAAAGGGAGGGAGGUAAAUAUGUGACAGGAUGUGGUUUCCCUGAGCUUGCAGAACAUACUUUGAGCAUGACCUAAACGUACUGAGAGUACAAGUGUGUUUGAGCUCCGUUAGAUGGUGAAGGGUGGGGGGGGAGACGAAGCAAACCGCUGGAGCUGCUGCCGCUGAGCCAACAGACUUGUUUCUCUGCCGCCUGCAGGAGGAUUGUGUUUCCUUUAAGCCAGCCAGCUCCUCGGUAACCCCAGUCAGCUUAUCGGACAGGAUCUGAGCUGGUCCUCCAUCCUCUCUCUACGCUUUUCUCUCUCUGAGGAGAAUGCCAUUUUCUGCAGGAAGCACUGGUCCAGUUGCUGGAUUUGUCUCCAAGCAGUGAACUUUUCAACUACAUUGUGAAACAGCGUCUGUGCACUGAGUAACCGACAAACUCUGGAGCCAUGGGCUGCGGGCUUCGCAAGAUGAAACCAGCAUCAGAGGAGAACAGUCCAGGGAAGAUUUACUCCACCCUAAAGAGACCACAGGUGGAGACCAAAGUGGGCGUGUCAUACACAUACCGCUACCUGGACUUUCUGAUUGGAAAAGACGGUGGAACCUCGACGCUGCGUCUCUCGUCUGUCCGAGAGCUGCCAGAUCAGCUGCAGGAGCUCUACCAGCAGGGCUUCGUCCUGGCAGCCAUUCACCCCUUCAUCUAUCCCUGUGGUCCAGAGUCCAACAGCCCGCAGCACCAGCUCUACCGGGCCAUACUUGUCCAACCUAAUGAUGGGGUGGAAAGGAGCCAGUCGGUCUGCCCACCAUACAAGCUACAACUGGAAGAGUGUUUGUCUGCAGAGCAGGUGCCCACCGCAGAGCUCAUCCAGGGCUAUGUCAAAAAGCAAAUACAGGAUGCUGCUGACCAGGGGGUGAUGUUUGUGGGAUUUGUCCAGGAACCAUAUGGAGCUCCAUGCACCCGUAUCAGAGAACCAGAAACCCCUUCUCUCUCCCUGCACUCCAGCCCCAGUUCUGUGCUUGGUUCCCUGGGAAGCUGCAGCCCAUCAAACCCUUCAAGCCCCAGUAACCAUGCAGAACCUGGAGCUCAAGCUGACAUGGUGGGCAAAGAAGGGGAUGGGGAAGCCUCGUGUCUAGGGGAGAAGAAUCAAAGUGAGGGCAACAGUGAAAGCCUCUCAAGGUGUGGAGUGGGAGGUAGUCGGGUCGUGGUAUCACCUGCUGUGUCUCCAUUGUCGGGAGAUCUGGAGUACAGUGAGGGCUUGACAGAGGAAGACUCGCCGUGUCACAAUAACAACAAAGACAGCAGCACAGGCACAAAGGAGAGGCCAAGAUACCGGCCGCGGAGAGGUGAUGGGGUGGAACUGCUGGCUUUGUACAACCACCCGCCAGUCCGAGAGGGCCAGGUGAAGUACUACACUGUCAAGGUGCCUCUGCGGGUUCAAAACUGUGAGGAGGGAGUCAAAGGGGUGGAGGCCAACUGGUUAGAUCACAUGACCCAGCACUUCAACAACGGAGCCUCGCUGGUCGAUGGAUACUUCCACCUGGGCAACGUGAACGAUUUGCUGCCUAAAAUGGUGGAAAGUGUCUUCAUCUUCCAGGAGGCAAACGAGGGUGAGCCAAACAUGGCCAUGCCGACAUAUGAUGCUAUCGUGGUGGAGCAGUGGACCGUCAUUGAUGGUUUGCAGGUGAAGACUGAUUACGUUCCCCUGCUUCAGUCCCUGGCCACAUAUGGAUGGAGACUCACCUGCGUGUUGCCAACUCCUGUACUCAAAAGGAACAGCGAUGGAGGUCUGUCCACCAAGCAGAUUGUGUUCCUGCAGAGACCCGUCUUAGGCAGAAAGAGGAGGGAAUCCAAGAAAUUAAUCUUCAAGCCUCGGAACAAGUCCAACAAGAACUCCAUUAAAGAUCCCUCAAAGAACAAAAAGAAGAAGACAAAAACCGAGAAGGAUGCCGAAGAUCCAAAGAUUCUUCAGGACAGCGAAAAGAUCGAGAAGGAAGACAACAAGAAUGAGGCUGACAGGGUGAAUGCAGCAGCGGAAGAAGCAGCAAAUGACAAUGAGAAAGAGCGAGAGACAAAGUUUGAGGACGAAGGACAGACUGACGAUGGGAUGGAAAUCAGCAUCGAGAGCGACAUAAAGAAAGAUGGAGCUGCAGAGAUGGAAAACAAAGAGGCAGAAAAUACCACUGAGGAAGAAGAAAAAGAAAAAUUAACACCAGAUGGAGAGGGAUCAAAAGAAAAUGAAGAGCCUUUGGGAAAUGGUGACGCCAAGGAAGUCAGUGAAACCGUUGCUACUGUCGAAACGCAGAGUGAGACCAAAGAAAAGGAGCUUGAAGGCGAAAGUGUGAUGGAAAACGGGAUAGAGACAGAUGAAGAGAAAGAUGAAGGUGAGGAGAUUAAAAGCAAAAGAGAAGUGGAAGUGGAGGUUAUCACUAAGGGGACUGUGGCAGAUCCACAGGCCACAAAUCAAAGCCCAGAAGAAGCUCAAGAGUAGCAAACAGAUCUGGUCAUUGUCCCGCCCCCCCCCCCGCCCUACCUCUGAAAUCCCUCCUUUAAAGAACUGGUUCACAGUGCCAUCCCUAAUCCAAAUUAAUGGGGCUUUGUUCCCCAUCGCUGCAGCAUCCUCUAAACCCCAACCAUCCCCAGAAACCUGUGGCGGUGUCGCCAUGGAAAAACUUCAUGUAACUUCAGGCAUCAGUUCUACUGUAAAACCACAAAUACUGAAUGUAUCCCAACACAGGAGAUGCUGGUUCAAGCCAGUCUGUGUGCAGUCACUGGAGUCACUGGAUGCUGAUUAACAGAGGACUGAGAACGAUGCCAAAAGCAGAAGAGGUGCAGAAUGAUGCAAAUUUUAAAAGGCCAAGUCAUGCCUGCAAUGAAAAUGGCUCAAUUUUGAAGUAAAAUCUUGAUUAUUUGCACACAGAUUUGUGCUGUUGACCCAACACGUGUUGAAACAAUUUUUUUUUUUUUUUCAAGUUCCCUCUAUCAGAACUUGAACUUCCCCAGAAAAAUUACAGUUUUACUGACAGGAAUAACAUCCUUUUAGUAAAAUUCAUCAUUUAAGAGGACAAGAUAAAUUUCAUUUAGCAAGGUUUUUCAGCUCUGGGAGAUUUAUUAAAUUUUUAUGUAACUUUUCUGUGUUGAAUGGUUUACAAUACAUAAACUUCAGUGUCAGUCGGAGUCAACAGUAAAUUUUCAAAUUACAACAAUAUAUAUUCUGGGCUUAUAAGUCACGGUUCACAUAUUAUUCCACAGCAGAAAACAGUGUAAAACACACAGAUUUCUCACACCUGAUGGGAAUCUUAAGAUGCAGGUAUGAAUAUUGGGCCUGUUUUUUACUCAAACUGAUUGGACAGUAAAAACUCAAUCACAUAUCAAUCAAAAUAAAAUCCAUUUUUAUGAUAGACAUUGCAAAUAUGGGAUUUCUGUUGUCAUAGAGGCUGCAGUGUCAGAACAGUGUCUUUCUACGCCACCUGUGGCAUUUUUCACAUGUAUUUUUAAAUGCAUUUUCAACCUUUGCCAUGUCGUUUCAAUAGUUAACAUGGUAAAAGAAGGUAAAAGAGAGGGGUUGUCAAUCUCUCACAGUGCAUAGCAUGAAUUAAUUCUUUCUCACUCAAACUCUUGAUAAUUACUAAACAUUCAAAGUAGCCAUUUUUACGUCAGAGUGAGGGUGGCAAUGUUUCAUUUACAGCUUUAACCUCAACAAUCGUUUGUGAGAGUUGAUUGCAGUUCAGAAUACAUAUGUGUAAAAUUUUAUCCCAUACAUCAGCCCGAACACAGAAAAUAAAAUAAAAAUGUCACCAGUCAGCUCAUCACCUUCAGUGUUUUACUAACUAGCAUUCCAACAAUGUGACCAAACUUUAGUUUUUUCUGCCACAUCCUGGUGUGUCCAGGAAUUCAAGGAGGUGAUGAGCGCUGAAUCGUUCUUGCAGGUAAC